CGUGGCGUUCAGCGUGGCCGUGCUGGUGUGCUCCUCGUGCGGCCUGCUCAGCACCUGGCUGCUCCUCAUCGGGCUCCGGCUGGACAACCGGAUCCUCCUCAUCCCCUGGAUGAUCGUGGUGGCGCUGACCGCAAUGGUGGACGUCUCCCACAUCUUCCACGUCGUCUUCAUCAGCGACGCCAACCUCAAACCCGAGAUCGCCAUGCUGUUUACCGUCGAUUUCUUCCUACUCAGCCUGAACCUCUACUCGUUACUCUGCGUCGUGUCGCAGUACCAGGAGUACAAGGCCGGGCGGGGGCGGGCCGUAGACGAGGACAGCUUCCUUAGGUUCGCCCCCGUGCGGUACCUGGCGCAGCCCACGGCCACCAGCAUCCUGAGCACGCGCCGGGGCACCCACACCACCGUCCACGACGGCCACAGUCCCUCGGGGGACGCCAAGGACGGCAACGGCACCCUGGGCGUCAACGGGUCGCUGACGGCGGGGGCGGAGCCCGGCCCGGGCGUCCUGAGGCUGGCCGUGCCGCCGCCGCCCUACUCCAAGAAGGUCGCGGGCGCCAUCCCGGGCCAGGGCUGCGCGCGCAAGCACGUCAAGUUCCCCGACAUGUGCAACGCCAGGGUGGUCCUGGACGAGGACUCCAGCCCCGGGGACUCGCCAGGUGCGGAGCCAUGCGGCUACAUGGAAGAGGGCAGCACGGGGAUGGAGUGGCCAAUGGAUGAGAAGGCGCUGCUCAGCGCGGCCUGAUGGAGGAUGGGGCGUUUUUCUAACAGGGAGACUUUGGUUAAUGCGCGCUUAUGAACCAAAUAGAAGAUUUACGUGGACGUUGGUCUCCUUGUACGACAUGGGCAUGGACUGUAGAUGCAGUCUUCGUACGAUGUACAUAGAUUGAUAUUAAAAUUUCUGUGAUGUUUACAAAUAGAAAACAAAUGCUUUGAUUGUGGAAUAUACCUAGUAUUUGUUCCUGGAAAGGAUUUAAGAAAACAUUUUGUAAUUAAGUGAAUGACUGUUUUUUGGAGUGGUUCUUGAUGAGAGUGAUAUUGAAGUCUGAAGUUUAUUAUCAUUACAGCAGAAUAAAACUUAUACUGUGAUGUGAGGUAUUCCGUCAUGAAAAUCUUUGGAUGUAUGGCUACAAAGAAGAUAUUUAGGAAAAAGUGUUGUGCCAGCUUUGAUGAGACUGACUGAUGUGUUUUUAAAUCAAAGGGUAGCAGGAAUUCCAGAGAAAUGACGGAUGUGAAAUAUUUCUAAAUUAAAGUUGUAGGGGUGGAAAAAAAUUUAUGAUACUCAGAAUGUGUUCUUCAAUAAAUUUAUCAGUUUA